UUGCACGGCCGAGCAAGUUCUAGGGAUAUCAAAACAAACGCAGCCCUCACACACACACAGUGGCUAAUGUCAGUGAAAGCUUGUUGAAAGCUGUAGCUGUUAGUGAUCAGCCUGCUGUCUCAUCAUGCUGCUGAAAUCAUGUUGCAUUUACAGCGUCGGAGUUUUUUCUUUGCUGUUUUUGAUCACGGGCAUUUCUUUGGUCUUGUCUAACGUGUUUCCACAUUUUGUGCAGUCGAUGGUUGAAAAGGAAAUAGUUUUGAAGAAUGGGUCAGAGGCAUUUGAAGCGUGGGAGAAUCCACCAGCACCGAUCUACAUGCAGUUUUACUUCUUUAAUGUGACCAAUCCCCUCGAGGUGUUGGAUGGCGAGAGGCCCGCUGUGGUGGAGAUUGGACCAUAUACAUACAGGGAGUACCGGCCUAUGGAGCAAGUGAAUUUCCUGGAUAAUGGCACUAAAGUAUCCGCUGUCAACACUAAAACCUACAUAUUUCAGCGUAACAUGUCCCGAGGUCCAGAGAGUGACCUCAUCAGGACGGUCAACAUCCCUGCCAUGACGGUAAUGGAGAAAUUCAAGGACGAGUCAUUUGUGGCCAGUCUGAUCUCCUCCUACAUGAAGUCCACAGAUGAAGGCCUGUUCACCACCCGCACAGUGGGAGAGCUGCUGUGGGGAUAUGAAGAUUCCCUGCUCAAAGCCCUCCAAACUGUAAAACCUGAGCUGGAUGAUGUUUUCGGACUCUUCUAUAAGAACAAUGCUUCCAACGAUGGUGACUAUGUGUUCUUCACUGGCCAGCAAAACUACAAGGACUUUGCUCGAGUGGAUACAUGGAACGGCAAAAGCUCGCUGAAUUGGUGGUCAUCUGAUGAGUGCAAUAUGAUUAAUGGAACCAACGGAGCAUCUUUCCAUCCAGUCAUCACCAAGAAUGAGACGCUCUACAUGUUUUCCUCUGACCUGUGCCGGUCUCUGUACGCUUUGUAUGAGGAGGAUGUGACAGUGAAGGGGAUCCCUGGGUAUCGCUUCGUUCCCCCCAGUGAGGUGUUUGCCAAUCUGACCGUGAACCCAUCAAACGCAGGCUUCUGUGUCCCUCCUGGAAAUUGCCUGGGCUCUGGCUUGCUAAAUGUCAGCCCAUGUAAACAAGGAGCUCCCAUCAUAAUGUCCCCACCACACUUCUACCAGGCAGAUGAGAGAUUUGCUCAGGAUGUAUUUGGCAUGAAGCCCAACAAGGAGCAGCACGAGACUACUAUCGAUAUCAACCCGCUAACGGGAUUCCUUCUGCGAGCAGCAAAGAGGAUGCAGGUCAACGUGUAUGUAGAGAAAAUACCCACUUUCAGUCAAACAGGAAAUGUUAGGACAGUGGUCUUUCCUGUGGUUUACCUAAAUGAGAGUGUCGUCAUUGACGACGCGUCCGUCGGGAAGCUGCAGGUGAUCACCGUCGAGAAGAACGUGGUGGGGAACAUUCCGUUUAUGCUGAUUGGUCUAGGCAUUGUUCUAGGAGGAGUCUUCAUGUUCUUGAUGUGUCGACAGAAGGUCCCUGAGAGCACUGCUGCUGAGCGACAGCCCCUCCUGUCAUCAUAGCACCAAAGAUCUGAAUAAGAAGAUGAUUGCCAUGUUCGCAGUAUAAUUCAACUUUUCAAGGGUUCAGUGGAUCUGCAGCUCUUUCCCAUUAACCUCUAAGUAACAGUUUCACAGAUUCUGCUGUUAACUAGAAUUGCACCUUUAAUCUAAUGGUAUUAGGAGACAAAGUGAAAUCUUUGUCUUGUUUGUUACAGGGUUUGACUAAGGUCUUCCUCUCAAGUCAAUUGUAAUGAUGAAAUCCCCCCCUCUUUUUUUUUUUUUAUUAAUUCUAAUAGUAUAUUUUUCUUUUUAUGUCUAAAUAUGUGAUUUAGAACCUGAACAGAAUAACUCUCCUACAAAAUCUAACUUUGAUUGUUGGACCCUCUGCGGAGUCAGCUCAGAACUAAUCCAAAAAUUUAAGUGCCACUAUUUGAUCUUGACCAUGAUUUUUGAGAAGUGGCCAAUCUUCCGGAUUUACAGCAGUCUGGUGAGACAAUUGAGGUUGCAGAAAGAAGAGAUGCAAGAGAAAUGUUUUUCCUCUUUCACAUUUUUGUAUUGUGUAGCCAUUUUGACAGCAUGGUCAAAAAAUGCUUUUCAUGUCAUUUUGAUAUCGAAUGAGUCGGUGUGUAGAGAAUAUUUCAGUUGAUGUUUUUGUUUAGACUUGUCACUUUCUUGUGGUGUCUGGAGCUCUGAAUCCACAGCGAACUGGAUCAGCUUAAUUUCAAAACCAUGUAGCUUUCAGUGGGAACACAGUAACCUACAGUACGUAAAAAUAGUAUGAUGUGGACCAACAACCAUAUAGUUUAACUUCAGCCGUAGCAGUAUAAAGGGAAGUUUUUUUGCCAGCUGUGGAUGUGUUGUCUGAUGAUUGUUUCCCAUAAUUCCAAAACGUUGGCAUGAAUGUGUGAUCUUUAAUUUAUACUCAUAUAAUGCCAAUAUCAGUGCAUAAGCGGCCUCAGAGACACUACUGAUCAUUUUUUUGCCAGAACAUAAGGUAACGUUUUUGUUCUUAACCACUAAUGAUGGUCUGUGUUAUGUAUGGUUAAAGUUUUAUUGAGCUAUAGCUGUCUGGAUCACUCGUGGCUAAAAUGUAAUGGAUUUUCUGUCCAUAACUACACAGAAGGUCAUUAUACCGUUCUCAUUUUUGCAGUUUGAUUAAGCACUGUUUCACACACACCACUGACAGGCUGUCUUGUUUUAAUUUUGUUGUGGAGUUUGUUUUAUAUGUAAAAGAUAACAAUUGUUCACACUACUACUGCUACAUAGUAAAAUCAAUAUGUAAUCACUGUUUACAAACUCUUAAUAGGUCACAUAUCUAACAGUUUGCACAUUGUCUUGUCAUUUGCUACAAGUCCAAUAAACCUGGUGUGCUUCA